AUGAAUCAAGCCCCCAAUUUCUCCCCCUCAACGCCUUUGGAGUACUCACUCUUCUCGCCCUCCAAAGCCGCUGAGCAACAACGAUUAGCAAAAGACUGGACGUAUGUUCACCAGUUCCUAAGCCAGAAAUAUCCAUUUCCGCAAAAAGUACCCAGAUUUGAAGAAAAUGAAGAGACGUUAAAGGCGCUUUUGGCAUUGGCGGCGUUUAAUGAAAAAGGCGAUGAGGGAUGGGGAGGUUUGUGUGGUGUCGAGAGGAGUUGUGUGAGAGAAUUGGAAGAGAGGGAGGUGAGUUUUAAGACACAAGAAACGACAGCCACACUGAACAACUCCCUCACCAGCUCCCUCAUCACCAGUCUUUCCAGCCAUGGGACCGCAGAUCUUACAGCCCAGGCCACAACAGCAGUCACCUUGAACUUCAUGACGACGGCAGCAACAACGCUAGCGACUGCGCUUAUCUCCCUCUCAACCUCUCUUUUCGCCCUCCACAAUCAGAUCGCUGCAACUCAGACUCUUCAAACCUCUCUACUUGCCCAUCAAACCACGCUCCGUAACGAGUUGCAAGACUUACAGUCUUCAGACUUUCAAAGCGAAAAGAAUCUCCCUCAAAGGACAGCAGAGAUCAUUCGACAAACCAAACUUCUCAAAGCCAAAGUUGGCGAAUAUGACGAAAGAUUGCGAAAUGCAUCUGCGUCUGGAUCAGAAAUUCCAGAAAGGCUGCUUACGGAUGUCGAGGCUGCGAACGCAAAUGCAGAAGUGUUGAUGCAGAGGUUGAGAGAUGUAGAGCAGAGGAUAGAGGCCUAUGAGGGGGUACCGCCGGAAGCUAGGGAGGCUAGGAGGGUGAUGCAGGAGCUGAGGGCGGAGUUGGAGAGCUGGAUCAGGAGAAGAGACGAGAUGUUUGAGAGGAUGGUUGGUGGACGGAAGUAG